UAGACUUUAGUUGAUCAACUUAUCGUGCAUUGCGUUCAAUAAAUCGCAUGAAUAGUUUCGAAACAUCGUGUAUCGUGCUAGGCGGGAAUAAAAUAGUGUGACCAAACUUUUUCUAUGUAUGCAUGAGUUAUAAGUGAAGCUGAGUUUUUUAUUUACGUUGACUGGAUAAAGUGUAAAUUGGGACUUAGUGAUGUGAUAUAUCUACUUACCUGCCUACUACGUUAUUUUUUACACCCAUAUGUAACUAAUCGUUAUGCUUUACGUGUUGCUCGACGUAUGGAGGCAGCGCGGCACCAUGUCGGGCAUGACGGGCGCCAGCAUGCUGCGCACGCGCAGGAAAGAUGUCAACGUCAAGCCCAACCGCAAGUUGGACCGGAAGUCCUCGCGGGGUAUGCUCUACGAGAACGAAGAGCUACGUCUGCGCACCAUCAACAUCAAUGCCGAAGUUGAAAGAGGCCAGUCUGACAUAAAGAAACUGAAGCGGGAGAACGAGCAGCUGAAAAGGGAAAUAUCCGCGCUCCGAUACGAGUAUGACAAACUUGACCGGAUGCUGCGAGAGAGGCGGUCUUCACCGGAACACUCGGACCAGCCGCCUGAACCGUAUGCUGACGAGGAUCACAGUGUGAGUGUCAGUUACUACCACACCUUACACACUUGCGUGCCCAGGGAGUCGACCAGGGACAGCGCGUCAGUGUGCAGCGCGUGCCCCGAGUGCGCGAGCGCCGACGGGUCUGUCCGCGCUGUUGCCUUUCAUGAUCUGAGCGUCGUGCCUGAGGAAGGGGAGCAGGAGAAUAAGAGUGGUGCUGCAACGCCGUGUACAUGUGACGAGUGCCAAAAAGAUGCUAAAUCGACCGAGGAGAGCACUCAGUCAAACAGUAAGGAUGCAAUAACAAUUAAAGAAACGAUGCCACCAACGAACAAUGCGCACACGCAGCCAAAUACGAAGGACAAUGGCUCUGACCGAACUGUCGACGUACUUGUUCAUGACGCUCCUAAUGUGCCAAGAUUUUUUCAAUCCGUUACGUCACAACCAUUUCACAUAGUGCCACCUCCCCCAGGAUUUGUUAUAGCCCCAUACCAACCGCCAUGCUUCCAUACGGGAGGUAACGUAGAAGAUUUGUUGGGAGAUGUGCAACCAUCCCCGACUACUAUACAAACCACUUACAUUCAACAAAACUCCAUAUUCAUGUGUAACACAAGGAAUAUUGUCCAAAAAAAGUGCUGCUGUCAAAAUCGUGACUCAAACCCUAAGACUGAAGUUUGCCAAGAGCAAACGCCAAAAUGCUAUGUAACAGAAAAAAAUAUAGAACUAACAUACGACUAUCCUAGAACGACACCCAUUCCAAGUAGCCCUAGUCAAAAAUCAGGAGAAGAAAUACCAUCUACCACUACUGAGGUAGCAAGUACUGUUGUGUUCGUAGAGAAGAAGAUGCCAACUAAGCCAAAGAAGUUCGAUUUCUUCUUUAGAUCAAGAUCCGCUCCAGUCGGUGACAAUGAGGAACCAAUAUACGCAACAGUAAAUAAAUUACCAAAGAAGUUAAGAAGAAUGGAGUUGGCGAAUUUGGAAAAGGAGGUGGCAUACCGAAAUGGCGAACAAGAUUCCUCAUCACGCACCGAAAUCACUUUAAAAACCGAUUCAGAAUCUCAAGUCCCCCCGCCCGAUGAUGAUACGAGUCGAUCAGAGCGAGAAAAAUCCACGAUACCUCAAAGACAAGAAUCUCCUAAAGCUAAAAAACGGAAGAGGUUUUCGCUAACAUUUAAAAAACGGGAAAGAAAAAGAAAGGAGAAGAGAGCGGAGGUCAAGAACGGAGUGAAGAACGGCAUACCGGUUCAAGUGGAGAGUGAUAACGAAAGGCUGAUCGAGGAGCAAGAUCAGAAGCACAAACACUGCACAAGGCACCGGCCGGUGCCGAGGAACACCAUGUCCUCUUCGAGCUAUGGCCCGCGAUACAAGCGGGAUAGCUAUCAGGAGAUGACAACAUCACAUUCAGAGCACGAGCGAACUAACAGUGUAUGUUCUUCUGUGAACUCCAUCGGGUCUGCGUGUACACACAAGUCUAGGAAACUAUCUGCAGCGCCACAAGACGGUUCGAUACCCUGGUGUGGAUGCUGGGGUGCCGGUUGUGUGUGAAGACACCCCCAAAAAACUUAAUAAGUGAACAAUGAACAUUUUUUUCAACGAAUGUGUGAGCGUGUGUAUGACGAACAUGCAUUUAUUGUAUGAUCGCGCGAUAAAAAAAGUCAAACGGAAAAGUGUAGGUAGUUAGAAAAUUGUUAUGUAAAUAUUAAUUGAAUGCAUUUAUCCGAUUCUGUGUAGCCCAUACCCUUUGUUUAAACCAUUCAUACAACGGUAAUAAUUUUGUAAACGCUAAUCUAUAAACUAAAAUGUCUGAUCUAAAAAUAUGGCAGCACUUUUCUAUAUAGCCACUAAUUUUAGAUCUGUCACUAUUGAUUAGUCAAAGUUUUGUUUACCGUCUACAUAAUUUGAAUACCUUCGCGUUGACACAAUCCAGUAAAUAAUUGCGUAAUUUAUGUAAUGGGAUAUACCGCAACUAGGGAAAAGAUUGAAAAUAUUUUUCACAAUAGAACAAAUUUUCUCAAAAAGUUUCGUUAUUUUUGUUUUUUAAAAAGUUUUGAAACAAUGUUUAUGAAUAGAAUGUUUUCUUGCAACUUGCUGGGGGAAGGCAUAAUUGGUACUUUCUUUUUUAUUUCUGUUUACAAAGAUGAUAUACAGAUGUUAAAAAAGCUAAGCGGCAUCAUUUAGAAUUGUUCUAGAAAAGUAGAAAAAACAGUUGACGCGAGCUAAGCAAUAGUUUCGUACCAACUAAGGCCGCGUUUCCACGUUGCAAGUUCUUGCGUGCAAGUAUGGCGUUGUUUGCAAAUAGACUUGCAUUAGAAAUAUGUUUUUGUUUUGUCGCACGCAGGACGUAGGUUUUACCAUCUCUUGAGGGCAUUCAAGAGCGUGCCUAUUAGAUUUUUGCGCGAACCGUGCGUUUACAAAAUAUUGCGCCUGUUGCAUGUAGAUAACAGAUGAUGUUUAUAUAUAGAUGUGUAAAUAAUGUUAUAUUCCUGUGGCUGUACGUCUAAAUGCACUAUAAAUAUAAAAUGAAUAAAGUUCUGAACUUCUGUUAAAACUGA